UUCUUUACCAAAAACAAAAAAGGGAUUUAAUACAAACCAUGUGGGAAUGAUGCUGAUGUUCAUGACUAAUAUAAAUAUAUAAAAUAAAUUUUUUAAUAAAAAAAUAAUCUUUCAUUUAGAUAAUUUAUCUUUCUAACAAGUGGUGGUAACAUACUCGCUUAGCUUAGGUCCUGCAAAACAGAAAAAAGCCUAACAACUGAGCUAACUAAUGAACAAUUACUUCAUUAUUUCUUUCGAUUGAUAUUAAUGAUUCUGAACUUCCUCUGUUUUAGAUAGAAAGAUUCUCCUGCAAAGCCAAGAUAAUAUAUGUAAAUCCAUCCAUUAAUAUUUCAGUAGCAGUUGUAGAGAUUAUAGGUUAAAUUAAUGAGAUUUUAUUAAAUUAAGAGUUAUAAUACAAUAUUUAUUACCUAAUUGGACUAUAAUACUAUAUUUACUUAAAAGUUGUACUAGAAUGUUAUUAAUAGAGUUACACUAUAAAUAGGAUUAGUCUUAUAUAUAUAUAUAUAUAUAUAUAUAUUGUAUCAUUCAGGUCUCUUAACAUAUAGAAUUUGAUAAUACAAGAUUUCUCAUAUAGAAGAUUUCUGAUUCUCAGAGCAAAUGUCGAAGCUAACUCCAAACAAAGCAAACGGUCUUGACAUGGAGAACCAUUCAUGGGGUCAAAACCUGCAAGAGGUGAGUGUUAGCAUUCCAGUCCCUCACGGAACCAGAUCGAGGGACGUUGUCUGCGAUGUAAAGAUGAAGCAUCUGAAGGUUGGGCUAAAGGGUCAUACUCCCAUUCUUGAUGCGGAGUUGUUCGGAGUGGUGAAACCUAACGAAUCUUACUGGAGUUUGGAGGAUCAAAACAUGAUCUCCGUGUUACUGACCAAGUGUGAUAAAACCAAUUGGUGGAAAUCCUUGUUGAAGGGAGGUCCCGAGAUUGAUACUCAGAAAGCAGAACCUGAGCCCAGUCAGUUGUCUGAUUUGGACUCUGAAACCAGAUCCACCAUCGAGAAGAUGAUGUUUGAUCAGAGACAGAAGCAGUUGGGGCUUCCCACCAGCGAGGAGACCGAGAAGCAAGAGAUGCUUAAGAAAUUCAUGGCUCAGAAUCCAAACUUUGACUUCUCCACUGCUAAGAUGAUGUAGAUGACACAGAAAACGCACAUCUUUUAUUUAACUUUCUGAAUUUUACCCUAGCUUCUGUAAAUUUUACUUAAGACUCUGGUACUAUAAGCUCCGAUCUUUCCUAAUUUUUUGUGUAGUUAUUUUCUACUAGUAUAAGGAUUUGUUUAUUACAAGAAUUUGGGAUUUACAGAAUCAGUAAGUUAUGGUCCGAUGGAUUAUGUGUACACUAAACAAUAGGAGCACCUUUAGCAGCACAAUUCAUGAAUGAUUCUCAACACCUGGAGGCUGCGGCAUUGCAUAUCAUGAUGAACGGCUUGACAAGUCGGUGUUUUCUUCUCCUGUAAACCAAUAUUGACAAAGAACACAUACUUGAGAUUGGUCUCACCCCCACAAGCUAUUAAGAGCAAUGUACU